GAUAAUAAAGUAGUUUUAAGUUGUUACUGAUUAGGUACAAUGUUUUCCACUUAGUCCCACAGCCUAGAGUUUGAAAACGGAAAAUCUAAAUUCCAAGUCAUCUUGUUUAAUUAGUUGUUCUAAGGGAGCUUUUUCUGUUGUGUUUUUUUAAUUUUUUUUCUUUUAAUUUUAUUAUGACAAAAAAUGCAACUUUAGCUGAGCUCCUCUGGGGGGGAAUAUGAACUUUGAGCCUUCCUUUUUUUUUUUCCUUCUGUAAAGAGUCGGGGUCCUUGGAGGAUAGUAUUUUAUUUCCUGAUGAUGUAACUACAAAACAAUUCUCUUAAGUGAUGAUGGGAAGGCCAGAUGAAAUCUGAUUUUUUUUUUCUCUUCAAUGUUUUUUCUACAAACCCCUUUCCUUUUUCAUAUGUUUGUGUUUCAGCUAACACAAUAAGCAGUCCAACCAACUAUUUUUAGUAAGAAGGUCUUGAAGAAAUUAGUUGUUUGUUUUAAUAUUUAGGAAAGAGGCAGAAAGCAAAAAAAUAGGAUUUAGAUUGAAGAACUUAAAAUGUAUUGCUUGUAUUCCCCAUCCUUUAGUGUACACCCUGAAUAAACACUGAUGACAGAUGGAAGAAAUACUGGAAAUAGGUACAAAAUUUGUUACUGAAAAUCCACUAAGGGAUAACAGGAGUCAGUGAAACAAACUUCUUUUAUGUUGGUGGGUAAAUUAGACCAUUGAAAGGCAUUCUUCACUAUUGAACUAGUAGGUGCAUCCACAAUUAAUUUAUUUGCAGCAUUUGAAUUUUAGUCUUCAUCUCUGCACCUUAAGCCAUUCUCUGCCUGCCUUUAGUGUGUUUUGUCAUAUUGAACAUAAUGCUAACAAUAAGGCAAGUUACUUAUUUGGGGGUAUUGUCUGUAGGUAUGAAGACUAAGAUUAAGAUGUUUGCAUUUCAGUGACAGGACAGACAUCUUCUAGCUAUCUUGCAUAUAUUUACCCUGAGUGUAGCCUGAGAAAGGUACUUAUUCUUUAGUUGAAAAAUUCCAGGCAACCCUGUGCAUGGGUACUGAGUAAAGACUUUCUCAGAACUCUGCUGCUUAUUUGCAUGGGUGAUCCUGCUGUGUCAUCUUUGUAAGUUUCUGAGAAAGUUCAGUUUUGGGUACCUUGUCAGAAAACUUUCAAGUUAUUUAAUGCUAACCCUUCCCAAAUGGUUUUGGAGAUAGAAAACAUCUUAUUUGAAUAUACCAAUGGACAGACCAGGAUAAUAUUUCAUUUGCUGUUCUAGGGAAAGUUAAUAAUCAAAUCCAAACAGAAGCAAAAUAACCUGUCCUUUAGCUGGUAUUGACCUAUUUGGUUCCUUGGCUAAUGUUUUUGGAGGCUAACAGUUUGUCUAGUUUUUAUCAAAAUUAUUAUGCCGUAUGGAUCAUUUGAAAUACAAGCUCAUCUAGGUGACCUUGGUAUGGGAAGUAUCUUCAGCAACAAACUCAGCCUUUCUGCUAGGACUCUGUUUAAAAUGUUAGGACAACUGAAGGUGCAAGGUGCUGUCUAAGAGCAGGCCAUGGAGGUACUGCUGUAUCCAGUUCUGAUUUGCAGGAGGAGUCCAGGAAGUUAUUCAGUGCAAGAUCCUUCAGAUGAUGAAGCUAUUGAAAAAGCGAGUGAAAACAGGACAGCAACAUGUCAAGAUUCAGAUUCCAAACCUGCUGUGAAAAAGAAAAGAAAGCAGCCUACAGAGUGUUUUUUAAGUCAGCCCAAAGAAAAGCAAGAGAGCGCUGUGAAGGCAAAGAGGAGGAAGAAGAAGAAGAUUUCUGAUGUUCUGCAAAAAUCUGCUCCAAAACCUGGUGUCCCUGCAGAUCUACAAAAUCUACUUACUCAACAUUUUGGUGAAAACCGUUCUGUGAUUGAAAUAGAGGAAUUAAAGCUGUCAGACUCCUCCUUUUUGCCAGCCAAUGAUCUUACCCACAGUUUUUCUUCAUACCUGAAGGAAAUCUGUCCUAAGUGGGCGAAGCUCCGGAGAAACCACAAGGAGAAGAAGUCGGUGGUGAUGCUGGUUCUCUGCAGCUCUGCCCUUCGCUCCUUGGAACUCAUCAAGUCAAUGACAGCCUUUAAAGGGGAUUGCAGAGUCAUCAAGUUGUUUGCAAAGCACAUAAAGAUAAAGGAACAAAUGAGUAUGUUGGAGAAAGGCAUGUUUCACAUUGGGGUUGGAACUCCUGGGAGAGUAAAGGCACUAGUGGAGCAAGAUGCCCUGUGCUUAAACUCCACGAAAUACCUGAUUCUGGAUUGGAACUGGAGAGAUCAAAAACUAAGGAGAAUGAUGGACAUCCCUGAGAUAAAGAAAGAAACAAUUGAUCUACUGGAGAAGAGUAUUAUAAAGCUGUGCAGAGAUGGAUCUGUGAAGCUGGGACUCUUUUAAUGAAUUUACCAACAAGGAAGUAAUUUGCAGCUGCAUUUUACUAUUAUCCUGCCUGCAACUGAAUUUUGACUUUUCACAUGUCUCAAUACAGAAGGCACAUUGCAACUUUAUCUGAGGUUUCUUUUAAUAAAAACCCGGAAGUUUUGUUUGUAGUUCUAGUAUUAUUUUUAUUGCAGUUACAAUGUCAUAUGGAAAUCAGAGUUACACUGCUUUCACCUGCUAGAUCGACUACUACGUGUCACUAGUAAGACUUUGAAGAUGAGCAAAUAUGAAUGUGAAAGUCUUUGCACAGCUCAGUUUUCUGUUCCCUCCUGUGCUGUCCUAAGUGAGACAUGUAUUUCUCUCAUGAGAAUGGUAAUCUACUUGCUCUUGGGGGGGUCUUUGAAAAAGUUGUAUGAAUUUCAGUAGCAUGUUAAAAAGGUAUUUUUCAUCUAUCUGUUCUAGAGCUGGCCAAAUGCUGCUUUUUGUGCUUACAUGAUAAAUUACCUGUAUAUUAUACUGAGAUUUUAUUUUGGUUAAACUGUUGAAGUGUGCAAAAAGUAUUCUUGUAUUUGUCCAUUUAAAUUAAAAUGAGGUGAUCUCUG